ACUGUCAUUCUGGGAAGUUAAAUCAUAAGAGAAAGGAGUAUGUGUUAAGGAUUACAUUUUAACAGAUAAUUAAUUUAAAUUUAUUUUUUAUAAGACAUUGAUUUAUAUGUUAUCAGUUGCUCCAGGUUUUAUGUAUGCUUUAAAAAACAGAUGUAGAUUACAGAAUAACUCUCUUUGCCUGGGAGAAGGCCCGGAGCAGGGAAGGCAGAAGUUGUCAAAAUGUCCACAGAAGGAGGAUUUGGUGGUACUAGCAGCAGUGAUGCCCAGCAAAGCCUACAGUCCUUCUGGCCUCGUGUCAUGGAAGAAAUCCGGAAUUUAACAGUGAAAGAUUUCCGAGUACAGGAACUCCCACUGGCUCGUAUUAAGAAGAUUAUGAAACUGGAUGAAGAUGUGAAGAUGAUCAGUGCAGAAGCCCCUGUGCUCUUUGCCAAGGCAGCCCAGAUUUUUAUCACAGAGUUGACUCUUCGAGCCUGGAUCCACACAGAGGAUAACAAGCGCCGGACUCUACAGAGGAAUGAUAUCGCCAUGGCAAUUACAAAAUUUGAUCAGUUUGACUUUCUCAUCGAUAUCGUUCCAAGAGAUGAACUGAAACCUCCAAAGCGUCAGGAGGAGGUGCGCCAGUCCGUGACUCCUGCCGAGCCUGUCCAGUACUACUUCACGCUGGCUCAGCAGCCCGCCGCCGUCCAGGUCCAGGGGCAGCAGCAGGGCCAACAGACCAGCAGCUCCACAACCACCAUCCAGCCUGGGCAGAUCAUCAUCGCGCAGCCUCAGCAGGGCCAGACCACACCCGUGACCAUGCAGGUGGGAGAAGGCCAGCAGGUACAGAUUGUUCAGGCUCAGCCCCAGGGUCAGGCCCAGCAGGCCCAGAGUAGCAGCGGGCAGACCAUGCAGGUGAUGCAGCAGAUCAUCACGAACACGGGAGAGAUCCAGCAGAUUCCGGUGCAGCUGAAUGCCGGCCAGCUGCAGUACAUUCGCUUAGCCCAGCCUGUAUCAGGCACCCAGGUCGUGCAGGGACAGAUCCAGACACUUGCCACCAACGCUCAACAGAUCACGCAGACAGAGGUGCAGCAAGGACAGCAGCAGUUCAGCCAGUUCACGGAUGGGCAGAGGAACAGCGUGCAGCAAGCCCGAGGCUCUGAGCUAACGGGAGAGGCAGAGCCCAGAGAAGUGAAAGCCACAGGAAAUGCAACUCCCUGCACCUCUUCCCCGCCCACCACACACACCCCCUCACACGUGGCCGGAGCCUCCUGUGUCUGCUGCUCCCAGCCCCAGCCCCAGCAGAGCUCCACAUCCCCUCCUUCCUCUGACGCCUUACAGUGGGUGGUGGUUGAGGUAUCUGGGGCCCCCGACCAUCUUGAGGCCCAUAGGGAGCUGCAUGCCCCUCUCCCAGGGGUGACCUCACUCUCUCCUCUCCACCCCUCGCAGCAGCUCUACCAGAUCCAGCAAGUCACCAUGCCUGCCGGCCAGGACCUCGCCCAACCCAUGUUCAUCCAGUCAGCCAACCAGCCCUCCGACGGGCAGGCUCCCCAGGUGACCGGCGACUGAGGGCCUGAGCUGGCAAGGCCAAGGACACCCAACACACUUUUUGCCAUACAGCCCCGGGCGAUGGGCACAGCCUCCCUCCCCAGAGGACACGGCCGACCUCCGCGCCUCCUGCAGGCUAGGACACUGGUGCACUACGCCCCACGCCUGGGGGCCGAGAUUCUUCAACAGAAAGAUGCAAUAUUUUUUAUUUCCUUUUUUUUCCAUUUUUUUUCUCCAAGGAAUCAAUAUUUCAAUAUGUUGAGCUGUGUGUCCAAUGCUAUGAAAUGAAAAUAUUAAAUAACAUAUUUAUGGCAUUUUCUUGAAGAGUGUGGUUGAAGAAAUACUUCUUUUGUUCUCUCUCUCUCUUUUUUUUGUUAUUCUUACUGCUACUUCUUUUGAGGAGCAAAUCUCCUCAGGGGGUACAUUAUCUCCUGACUCUUGGAAUAGCUGCUGCCCCCAGGAUUUGCCAUCUCGUUCUGCCCUCAGACUGAGUUAGGUGCCUGCGUAGCUUCCUCUUCACUAGUGGUCCUCUUGACCCUGUGCUUGUCCCAGAGCUCUGUGUGUCUGCACCCAGAGGCCAUGGAAACAUUCCUUGCAUUUAAGAGAUGAACUCAUUCGCCAUGGAGAGUGGAUGGUUUCAUUUCCGAACGCUUCGCUCCCAGGGACCGAAGGAGACUAGAACUUCGUGCAUUUGCCCACCCCCUCCCCGACCCCCAUUUUUUAUUUUUAAAAUACAUUAAAAAUUGUGCUAGUCUCCUUUGCUGCAUGGACUUCAAACUGCAUGAAAUGCAAUAAAUCUCAUUUUAGAUAA